CUGAAGACCAACAUCUCUAGGAAACAGAAGCACAAUGCUGAACUCGCCCGCAAAGAGACGGAGAAUAACUGGCCCUGAACCACAAUCGGAUAUUCCUACGGACAAUGACGGUCAACAACCUACGACUCCUACCAGAGCCUCGUACCUCUCGCCCACCAAGAGUUCCCUAGCACGAUCUCAUCCGCACCUCAUCACACGUUCCACCGGCGGCGCUUUGACGGAAAAUCGAGGGAAGACUCUGAGAGACGAAAUCCCCAGUAAGAAAUCCAAUCCUACAGAAGUGCCCGAGGCCCUGCCAUCCAGUCCCACCAACCACACCAAUCACACCGAGGACAAUAGCCCAGCACUGAACCAAGUAGAGGAGGGCUUGCCUGAGAAAGAGUCAGUUGAUAUACAAAAAGAGACUGCACCUGCUAUUUCGGCACGUUAUAGCAGGAAUACUCGGUCACCACUGAGUGAACGUCAACCGUCGCAACUCAAUGGAUCGAGAAGAAGACACUUUAGCCAGGAUCCUCUACCUCCGCCCAUAAUGCCUACUCUUGUACGUCGAACAGAUUCAAAUGCUCAGGCUGCAACUCGACCAGGAAGUAAUGAGCCAGAGCUACCUCCAACGCCUGUUCAGUUGGGACUGGAUCCGGCACCCGAAAGACCUCGAGGCUUAGCGUCCAGCAGCAGUCCGAGAGGCUCACAGGCAGGCAGUGGAAGACACAGAAGACGGACAAGAUCAGGUGUCGCCGUCACAAGUAGUCCUCUGAAACCCAAGGCUCGCGCACCAGCUACGAAUGGCGAUGAAGCCCGGACAAAUACAGACAACCAUGUUGCUGAAGCACCGGAGAGCGAGCCUGAAGCACCAGAAGAUGAAGGGACCGAAAAUCUCCCUGCGGAACUACAAGAGAAGCACUCAACUCUUCGGUCACUCCGAGAGGAGUUGAAUCGGCUCAAUGAAGAGAAUGAGCAGUUGGAGAACUCGAUCAAGAGUGAAGAGGCUCUCACUGAUGGUGUCUUAACAAUCUUGCGACAUUUUCCAUCUCAGAACGGAGUAUCCUCAAGUCUUACUGAUUCUUCCUCGUCUCCCGUACAUCUGACCUUAUUCUCACCUGGCAAUCUCCAGCUCAAGAGCCGCACUAAGACCUCAAACGAACAUGGCCGAAUAAAGCUUGUCCACAUCUUGACUAUUUCAGCGCCAGCUCCUUGGCUCCCCAAUGUGUUUGCUUGCGCCUUCAGAGUGGUCGUCGAUGCCGAGAUCGGACAAGUGGAACAUGCCCAGAUGAAAGAUUUCAUGCACGACAAUCGACCUUACAAAACACCCAGACGGGGAAUUUACAGGUGGGCAAGCGAACGCUUGCAGGACCGGCAAGAUCGUCUAUGCAUACAGCACUUCGAUCUCGCUGGUGUGAUUUGGGGAAUGGGAAAGUGGUUCGGCGCCACUGUUGAACGCGCCAAAAUCUUUCGUAGGCUGGAUGUCCGGUACAAUAAGUCUUCUUCGGCCAGCAACGAAGGUGAAUUCAAAGUGCACGACAAGAUAUUGACUCAAGAACUGGCCAUUGAGUUGUCCCCAUUUCUCGAGGCGACACAGAUCGAAAUGGUGGCCCAAGCGCCGACCUCUAAGAAGAGGCAUCCAGCCUGCAAAGCUAAAGUCAUGCUGAUAUGGAACAUCGACCUCGACUGGACUGGGGAAGUCGUUUCUGAUGUCUCUCUGGCGUUCAAUGGGGUCUCGACGAAGGCAGAAACAGGGCUGAAGGAGGUCUUUUCGAGUUUGUACCAGACGAAGGGGGUUAUGGCAGCGUUUGACAACGUUUGGGACAUGAUCCAUGCGGAUGAAGGUACCGAGCGAGAGCUGGCAGAUGGACAGAAGCAGACAGGAAAGAAGCGAAAACGUCCUUCGAAAUGAAGUGUAAGCGAGAUGUGCUACGAUGUAUGAGUCAUGACUAUGAUUGAGAUACCGGAAAUCGGUGGUGAUGAGGAUUGCUACCUGCUGUCAAGUUGAAUUAGCGACGCUGUAUGGAGAUAAUAUACCAUGCGUUCAAGUUGACGA